AGGUAGACAGGACUUUACACGGGAAUAAUGGCGGCGCCGCUCCGGCGGGACACCUUACCUGACAACGGCUCUUAUGGAGUGUGCAGAGACGGCAGGGUCUUUUUCAUUGACGAUGAAGCGCGCGCCACUACUUGGCUUCAUCCCCGCACUGGUCAACCUGUCAAUUCUGGACACAUGAUCCGAUCCGAUCUGCCCCCAGGUUGGGAGGAAGGUUUUACGAAAGAAGGAGCGAGUUUUUUUAUUGACCAUAACCAGAGGACGACUACAUUCAUCCAUCCAGUGACAGGCCAGAUCUCCACUGAGAACUCUGACUUCAGACUUCAGGAUCAGCCGGGCGGACGCAUGCUGAAGCAGCCCUCCAGCACAAUUAGCGAGGCCUCCACUACUGUCACCACCUCAACUGUGGACAGCACUUCAGGCUCAAAGGGAUCCAGAUCAAGUGGAAGGGUCCAUAGUUUUGGAAAACGAGAUCAUGCCAUAAAGAGGAAUCCCAGUGUUCCCGUGGUGGUGCGCGGAUGGCUUUACAAGCAGGACAGCUCAGGGAUGCGGUUGUGGAAGAGAAAAUGGUUUGUUCUGGCUGAUUUUUGCCUCUUCUACUACAAAGACAGCCGUGAAGAGUCAGUUUUGGGUAGCAUUCCUCUGCCCAGCUACACCAUCGCUCCGGUGGGACCUGAAGAUCACAUCAGCCGCAAAUAUGCUUUUAAGGCGGAGCACACCGGGAUGAGGACGUACUAUUUCAGUGCGGACACACAGGAGGACAUGAACGGCUGGGUCAGGGCCAUGAACCAGGCUGCACUCAUGCAAACCCAUACCGUCAAGAGAGACGAGUGUGGUCAUCCAGACCAUGUGAAUGUUUCGGAGAAGCUCAAGAAGCAGGCCGUCCCUCAGACCAACCACAUCAACAGCUACGUGAUUCCCAAACCGGAGGUCAUCCAAAGUGACGGGCUACCGGAGGACAAACGGGAGGGGUUUGUUGGAGAGGUGGAGAUCCAGGUUACUCCUAGAGAGAUGGAGCAGGCCAGGGGUAAAUCUCCAGCCAGCAGGGUAGUGGAGGUGGAGGUUUUAGCUCCAGGGUCGACACCACCCUCCCGGGUUGCCUCUCGAGCUCCUUCCAGGGCCGUCUCCACCCCGCCAGUGGUGCAGAGGAACGGGACACCCAUAGAGCAGAACGGCAUGCCUGGAUGUCAGAGAGGGGCUACACCUUCUGCUCAAACGCCAGUUCAGGUGCAAAGGAGGAGUACACUGGAGCAGGUGGAGAACUGGGUGAAAGUACAGAAGGAGGAACGCCACGGAUUGGUUUCUACUGAGAGCACGGUCCCACGUCGGACACCUCCUAUUCAUCCAAAGUACGGCACAAUGGACAAAUACCAGUCAUUACCAAAGACCUCACGGCAAAGCCCACCAGCCCCUCAUCAUCAGCUGCCCAGUGAAUACAAAUAUUCCCAUGACCGGCUGAAUCACUUCCAGAAGAUCCAUGGACACACGAAGCGACCCACAACACAUGACAACACUGUAUGGCAGCUUUUCGAAUGGCAGCAGCGACAGCAAUUUCGGCACGGCAGCCCCUCUGCCCCUGUGUACACUCCAGCUCCAGACUACUCCACCGCUGUGUCCUCCACCAGAAACAACUCUGAUGUUUCCCGCUCUGUUUCUGUGCCUCCCACACUGGCAGACAUACCUCCACCCGGACCUCCUGGAGCCCGACUGAUGUCUCCGCGGAGACCACACACACCAGCGGAGCGGGUGACAGUCAGACCUCUGGAGGACAGGCCCAUCGUGGAGGUGCCACCAUCAAACUCUCCACACCGUUUACGAUCCUACAAGUCAGCCACAAUAGAGAGACGCUCAAUGCCUCCAUCUGCUUACAUCACGCAUACAGUCAGUGCACCCAGCUUGCAUGGAAAAACGGCUGAUGAUACAUACAUGCACUUGAAGAAGGACCUGGAAUAUUUAGAUCUGAAGGUGAGUGGGACGGAGGCUCUGAAAGGACGGCCAGCAAAGCCUGUGAAGGUGGCAGAAAGUGAUGUAGACGUGACACUGAGUCGAUUGUGUGAACAGGAUAAAAUACUACAAGAGCUUGAGUUCAGACUCAGUGGACUAAAGGAUGAUAAGGACAAGCUUGAGUCUGUUCUGGACGUGUCUCACCAGCAGAUGGAGCAGUAUAAGGAUCAGCCAUCUCACACUGACAAGAUUGCCUAUCAGCAGAGACUUCUUCAGGAGGACCUGGUGCAUAUUAGAGCAGACAUUUCUAGAGUAUCAACGGAGAUGGAGAGAGCGUGGGAUGACUACAGCAGAAUGGAGCAGUCAGUGGAGCAGCUGAGGGACGUCCUGCAGACUCAGAUGACUCUCUGCACAUCACCUCAGGAGAAAAAUCAGUUAAAGAGAGAGCUCUGGAGGAUCGAGGACGUGAUGACUGGACUCAGCUCCACCAAAGAAACCUUCAAAAUCACAGUAGACUCAGUCAAGAACCCAGAGAGAAAACUUGUGCCUUCAGUGAUCGAGUCGACAGUGCCUUCUCGGUGCAUGACCCCAUCCGCAGCUGAGGUGCGGUCACCCCAACGCAGCCUGACCUCCAGUCCACUACCACUGCCGUUGGACAAUGAAGACCUGCGGAACCGGCAUCCUGUUCCAAAUUGGGAAGAGGAUGAUGCUCCGCCCAGACCACCUUUGCCCCUCCUGUAUGAUGAGGACACACCGCCAGUUGUCCCGCCCCUUCCUAAAGAGACAUCGGUCAUCAGACACACUUCAGUGCGAGGCCUCAAACGACAGUCAGAUGAGAGGAAGCGGGAUCGCGAAAGCAGCUACAGUAAUGGAGAUUACAGGCUGGAACUGCGCUCGUACCUGAGUGAACCAGAGCUUCCUGUAAGUGCUCAUGGAGCAGAUCAUGUGGACCCUGGCUACCUGACUCUCCAAAGAAGAGGUCUGUCAGGUUCCUCAUCCAGAAUUAAUCAGUAUGGAGUGGCUUCCUGCUCCCUGAGGAGAGAUUUAGAGUUAUCCACAAUGGAGAGACCAAAGAGUGCCUUGGAGCGUCUGUGUUCAGGAGAGCCUCAGCUGGAGCAGCAGUCGCAGCCGCAGAGAGUCAGGAUGAGUGUGGAGGAGCAGCUGGAGAGAAUGAAGCGACACCAACGAGCGCUAGUGCGCAAACGCAACCUGAGUCAGGGUGAACGCCACCACUCCCGCGCCUCCACUCGACCGGUCAACUCUGACCCAGGAUCAGCCUUGUUUGUUGAACCCUAUCGGCCGGCAUCAGAUGAAUGGUUGACGGUUAGGGCUCGGCCAGUUAUGGAAUUGGAACUGGAGCCUUUGGACUUUGAGUUUGAUAUUACCAGAGAGCUGUCAACACCACAGAAAGUGUGGAUUCCACAGCGACUCAUAGACGACGAGUCAGAUGAAGACCUGAGUCCUGAAGAGAAGGAGACUCGAUCUCGCACUGUAGCAAAGAUAAAAACCCUCCUGUCCAAAUCCAGCAUGAGGUCUUCAGAGCAGAUGGACUUUAGCGAUCUGGAUUUGGCUCUUCAACAGCAGGAGAGGAUCAUGAGUGUUCCUCGAGCUCUCGCCACUGAAGCCUCCAUCAAAAGGAGGCAGGUCACAGCCAAAGCCAUGUCCGAGGGUUAAUUCUUGUG